GAGAAGUGCGAGAACGUCCAGUCGUUUGUGCUCCCGUCCAACAGCUUCAACAACCUGCUCUGGGCGCCCGAGGGCCAGUACUUCGUCUGCGCGGCGAUUGGGAACGGCGAGCUACUCUUCGGAGGCAUCACCCAGGACAACAAGUUAGAGAUCCUGCACAAGGACGAGCACUUCAUGCUCACCGACGUGAACUGGGACCCGUCAUCGCGCUACGUGCUGACAGCGGUGACGCAGCCCAUGCAGAACGAGAUGGGCGGCUUCAAGACCGCCAUGGAGGCCGGCUACAAGCUGUGGAGCUUCCAGGGGCGGGUCUUAUUCCAGCAGCAGAAGGAGAAGUUGUGGCACAUUGCGUGGAGGCCCCACCCGCCGACGCUCCUGCCCGCCAGCAAGCAGAACGAGGUCCGGAAGAACAUAAAGCAGUACUCCAAGAAGUACGACGCCCUCGACGAACAAGCAAAGGAGACUGCACGAAAUGCAUUCCGCGAGGAGCGCGAAAAGAAGAUGAAGGCGUUCACCGAGGUCAUCGGCUUUUGA